AUGAUUGGCUACCUGCGUGGUGUAGCCGCGGAUCGAGUGUGGCAGGAUUUGGUGACAAAUCUUGUCGGUUUUGAGAAGUUUGGUCAUCCCGCGAAUGGUAAUCUGUCGACGAAAUCGCGACCACAAGAGAUCUCCGACUGGGUUAGAAGCAAGAAGAAGGACGUCGUUCCUUCCAUCAAGCAAGAUGUGUAUGGUCCUCACUUUAUGGAAUGGUGGGGAGGACUCCAGCCUUCCUGGCGCCAGUUCCAAGGUGCAAACGGCCCACUCGACCUUGUUCGCGAAACUCCGAAGGCCGAAACGUGGGUGGCUUUGAAGAAAGGGGGCACAUCAGGCAUUUACGUUGUGGUGAUGGGUCUUUCGUGGUGGAUCAAGAGCCAGCAAAACGAACGUGAUGCCAAUGCAUGGGCUGUCGUGGAUGACCUCUCCUGGGUUAUCCGGCAGAUGACGGAUGGUCAGGAUUCUCUCGCAUUGACCGUUCAGAAGCGGCACCGUGAUGAUGACUGUCAGGGCAAUGAGGUGGAAGAUCAGCCUCUGCAGAAACGGAGAGAAUACAUUGGUCUUAUGGUGAUGGUCUGGCAUUUCUGCAAAUUCUUUGUGCUUGGCUGA